GGCUAAUUUCAAAUGGCACCUCAAUAGUUGUCCAGAAAUUCUUGUUUUUGAAAACAGAGAGGGAAAUUUUUCGCCACAGUUACUGGUAAAAUAAAAGCAAUGGACGAUAAAGAAAGCAACCUCGAUUGCUCUGGCUUAUCAAGAAAUGUGUGGCUGGUUAAGGUUCCAAAAUAUUUAUCAGAAACUUGGAAUAAAGCCGAUUCUAGUGGCAUAGUUGGAAAGCUUAAGUUUACUAAGACACAAGGAGCCCAGGUGAAGUUUGAGCUCUCGGAGCAGUUGUCGCAAGUCGGCUGUGUUGAUGGGGUUCCCCUGCCACGUGAGCACAAAAUGUUAAUGUCAGAUGUUUCCCAGUCCUUAGCCGUGUUUUCAGAGACAGCUGGUGAUUCAACAGAUCAAAAUUUACAAGGAGACCCAAUGUUUGCAUUUGAGGGAAAGGUUGUGAAAAGAGCUGACUGUCGACCUGUUGAAAAUCCAAAUUACCUUUUAUUAAAAAAAAAUGCCAUCAAAAAAGCUGGACAGCCUGCUAGAAAGGUGCAACAGAUAACAGAAAAAGUUCAUGGAACGAGUUUCAAGCCAAUUGCAGAUCACAAAGUGAAUAUUGAAAGAGAUAGAAAACGAAAAGAAGAAGGAAAAAGAGCUCGCUCAGAGAAAAAGGAAGUCAUGGACAAAUUGUUUUCUGCAUUUGAAAGACAUCAGUAUUACACUUUAAAGGAUUUGGUACAUCUCACACAACAGCCUGUUGGCUACCUUAAGAGUAUUCUGAAGGAAAUAUGUAAUUAUAAUUUGAAAAAUCCACAUAAAAAUACCUGGGAACUGAAGCAAGAGUAUAGGCAUUACAAAGAGGAGCCUGGCAAUGAGGAUUGAAACUGUGAGAGUUCUGUCAUGCGCAAGGAGUACGAUGACUUCAGUCUAAAACACAGGGAAGUGGCAGGUAAAAGAUUUUUUUAUGUCACAAAAAAACAAUUUGAAGUAAAUGGAAUCAAGAAUAUUCCAAACAUUCGCUGGUGGGUGUAGGGAUUCGCGGGCGCAAGUUGCAAAAGCCUAUUUAUUCAUGUAUAAUGGAAUCAGUAUCUUCUCUUUAACGAUAUGAUACAUUGUUUUAAUAACAGACAAUUCUCCAGCUUGGGAUAAUGACCAUUACCGGCAAAAAUUUGCAAAGUGACUCAGAGACUAUUAAAAUGGGCUUUCAUGCUAGCUAACCUAACAUGUUACCUUAAGAGCGUUGUAUUCAUGUUAUUUAUACCCAACAGCCUGUGUCAAGCGCUAAAAAUGCUGAAUCUCGUGGUGCGGUCUUAGCAAGCUUUUUAGUGAAUGCCUUUUCGUUAGUGAUGUAUUAUUUGAUUGUCAGCAAAAGUUACAAGCUCUGUUUGUGCU